AGCUGGGCGCUGUCCCGCGGCCUAGAAGCAGCUGCUCGCUCGCUCGCUCGCUCUCGAACCUCCGCCUUCAGCGUACUGCCAUCACUCCAGACUUCACCAUGUCCAUCAGGGUGACCCAGAAGUCCUACAAGGUGUCCACCUCCGGCCCCCGGGCCUUCAGCAGCCGCUCGUACACGAGUGGCCCCGGUGCGCGCAUCAGCUCGUCCAGCUUUUCCCGGGUGGGCAGCGGCAGCAGCUUCCGGGGAAGCCUAGGCACCAGUAUGGGUCUGGGGGGCUUCAGCGGCGGGGCUGGUGUAGGGGGUAUCACGGCAGUCACGGUGAACCAAAGCCUGCUGAGCCCCUUGAAGCUGGAGGUGGACCCCAACAUCCAGGCCGUGCGCACCCAGGAGAAGGAGCAGAUCAAAUCCCUUAACAACAAGUUCGCCUCCUUCAUUGACAAGGUGCGCUUCCUGGAGCAGCAGAACAAGAUGCUGGAGACCAAGUGGAGCCUGCUGCAGCAGCAGAAGACGUCGAGGAGCAACAUGGACAACAUGUUUGAGAGCUAUAUCAACAACCUGCGGCGGCAGCUGGAGACCCUGGGCCAGGAGAAACUGAAGCUGGAGGCAGAGCUUGGCAACAUGCAGGGCCUGGUGGAGGACUUCAAGAAUAAGUACGAGGAUGAGAUCAACAAGCGUACAGAGAUGGAGAACGAAUUUGUCCUCAUCAAGAAGGAUGUGGACGAGGCGUAUAUGAACAAGGUGGAGCUGGAGUCCCGACUGGAAGGGCUGACUGAUGAGAUCAACUUCCUUCGCCAGAUCCAUGAAGAGGAGAUCCGUGAGCUGCAGUCUCAGAUCUCAGACACGUCUGUGGUGCUGUCCAUGGACAACAGCCGCUCCCUGGACAUGGACAGCAUCAUCGCUGAGGUCCGUGCCCAGUAUGAGGACAUCGCCAACCGCAGCCGGGCUGAGGCUGAAAGCAUGUACCAGAUUAAGUACGAGGAAUUGCAGGCCCAGGCUGGGAAGCAUGGGGAUGACUUGCGUCGCACCAAGACCGAGAUCUCUGAGAUGAACCGCAGCAUCAACCGCCUGCAGGCGGAGAUCGAUGCUCUCAAAGGCCAGAAAGCAACCCUGGAGGCUGCCAUUGCUGAUGCCGAGCAGCGUGGGGAGAUGGCCAUUAAGGAUGCCAAUGCCAAGCUGGCCCAGCUGGAGGCUGCCCUGCAGCAGGCCAAGCAGGACAUGGCCCGGCAGCUGCGCGAGUACCAGGAGCUGAUGAACGUCAAGCUGGCGCUGGACAUCGAGAUCGCCACCUACCGCAAGCUUCUGGAGGGCGAGGAGAGCAGGCUGGAGUCCGGAAUGCAGAACAUGAGCAUCCAUACGAAGACCACCAGUGGCUACUCAGGAGGGCUGAGCUCAGCCUAUGGGGGACUCACCAGCCCCGGCUUCAGCUAUGGCAUGAGCUCCUUCCAGCCCAGCUUCAGCUCUCUCGGAGGCUCCAGCACGAUCACUCGCACCAAGGCUGUGGUUGUGAAGAAGAUCGAAACCCGUGAUGGGAAGCUGGUGUCGGAGUCCUCCGAUAUCCUGCCCAAGUGAACGGCCGCUGGAGCCGUCGCCAGCCUGUGCUUCUGCAGCUGCUCGGGGCUCAUGGGGGAGACAGCUGUAUGGCCGAGUGCAGGGAACAGGAUCAGCCCUAGCCUUCUGGCCAACCUUGGGAGGGAUCUUCCAUCUGGGGUACCCCUCUGGCCCCCACCUCCCUCCCAAACCCAAUGCAAUUGUAUUUUCCAAAAUAAAGCCCCAGCUGGCUCCAUCAA